AGGGAUUUUGCGCCCUUCCGCCGCGGGGUCACGUGACAUCCCGUCGGUAACGCAAGAUGGCGGCGCCCAUGUUGCUGCCCGAGUCCCCUCUGGGGAAGCUGAGCCAUCAGAAAUACAGAGCCAUUCUGAAGAAAGAAAAGCGGAAAAAAAAGCGGCAGGCACUUGCCAAACUGAGAGACUCAGAAGCUACAGAAAAAGAUGAAUCAGUGUCUGAGGAGGAGGACGAGGAGCUCGAAGAAGAAGAAGAUGAGGAAGAGGAAAAAAAACUUGAGGCAGAAAGACAAAAACUACAUGAACAGUGGUUGCUGAGGGAAGAAAAGGCUCAAGAAGAGUUCAAGCUUAAGAAAGAAAAAGAAGAGGCUGCAAGAAAACGUCAAGAGGAAGAAGAGAGAAAGAUCAAAGAAGAAUGGGAAGAGCAGCAAAGAAAAGAGAGAGAAGUGGCACAGCAGAAGCAACAGGAGAAGAGAGAAAGAGAGGCGGCUGUGCAGAAGAUGCUGGAUCAAGCUGAAAGCCAGCUGGAGAAUGGUGUGACCUGGCACAACCCAGAGCCCCCGGAGAACAUAGGAACAGAGAAGGAUAGAGCAAAUUGCCCAUUCUAUAUCAAAACAGGUUCCUGCCGAUUUGGAGACAGGUGUUCCCGCAAGCAUAACUAUCCAACAUCCAGUAAGACACUGCUUGUCCGAGGGAUGUUCAUUACUUUUGGCAUGGAGCAGUGUCGAAGGGAUGACUACGACACGGACGCAAGUCUCGAGUACAGUGAUGAGGAGACCUACCAGCAGUUCCUAGAGUUCUAUGAGGACGUGCUCCCUGAGUUUCAGAAUGUGGGAAAGGUUGUUCAAUUCAAGGUCAGCUGCAACUAUGAGCCUCACCUACGAGGAAAUGUGUACGUUCAGUACCAGACGGAAAAGGACUGUCAGGCAGCUCUUGCUCUAUUCAGUGGCCGAUGGUACGCAGGCCGGCAGCUUCAUUGUGAAUUUUGUCCUGUGACAAGAUGGAAGACUGCUAUUUGCGGCUUAUUUGAAAGGCAGAAGUGUCCAAGAGGGAAACACUGCAACUUUCUUCAUGUAUUCAAAAAUCCAAACAAUGAGUUCUGGGAGGCCAAUAGAGACAUACGUGUUUCUCCAGAACGGACUAAUCAGUUGUCUAAAAACUCUGAAAGGAGAAACAGAUCGAGCCAUCGUGAUGACUAUUACAGCCGGUCAAGGAGAAGGGGCAGCCCCAGCCCAGAUCAUUCUUACCGGAGAAAUGGGGAAUCUGAAAGAAAAAAGAAUCGCCGCAAAAACAAGAGAAGGCGCCGAUCUGGCAGGUCGAGAAGUCGAGAAAGGAGGAGGUCACGCAGCAGAGGGAGAAAGAGGAGAGGACGCAGUCGCAGCAGGAGUUACAGUCGAACACGGAGUCGGAGCAGAAGUCGGAGUUCCUCUCGAUCCAGGAGUAGGGGCAAAAGGAGGUCAAGCAGCAGAGGAAGAAACAGUGAAACUCCCAAAACGAAGUGAGAAAUAAUUUCAGAAAUUGCUAAUUGAUCAAAUGUAGAGCUGACAAAGAAACCUUUCCAAUAGGGCACCAGAUACAUUUGAGUCACAAAUAAAGUGUUCUUGCACAUUAAAACGUUUCUUCCUAAUAAAGGACCCUAGUUUACUGUGUGCUAAGCUUCAGAAAAUUAAAAGUCCUAUAUAAGGUGUAAAUGUCAAGUACUCUAGCUACUCUGUCCCUCUGAACUACUGCAACACUUGGAUGCAUACUGAGUACAAAAUAGAAAGAAGUAAAGCUUUUUUGGUAUAUGCUUAUGCCUGUGUUAUGUGUGUGUUAAGUGUUUACUGUCCCUGUAAGGAGUUAGUACAGAACAGCUAGUGUGCUGUAAAUUCACACAACAGCAUACUGCAAGUUGAAGUCUGUGUAAAAGAGAGCCGUUUAUGUUUACUGAAUGUUUAUUGGAAUUUCCUUUCUAGACAAAGUAAUAUAAUCAUCUUAUGCUUGGAGAAAAGGGAUCUAAAAAGACUUCACAGUUUGACUGUACAAUAGUUGCCCAGUAGGAGCUUUGUGGUCAUAAUUGUUGGAUUUUUCUCUCCUGUGACUGAGCUGCUGAGCUAAUUGCCUGUAGGGAUUGCAGUAGACUAAAACCAAGUAGGAAUUACACAAAAAAAUAAACAAUCAACUUAUUCAGUACCCUAAUCCCCAAGUAAGAGGGGAGACCAUGCACUUGUAAUCCUGGAGCGAAGACAGAAAAUAGUUUGCAUACCUCUUAGUUGCAUGCCAUUUGUAGUUGAAAAUCUCCUGCCUAUCCUAUGGUGGAGUGGUAGGAAAGGUGUAAAUCUGGUCACUAAACACGCGGAUGUAGUUGUAAAGGCUCAAGAUGACUGCAGAGAUGUUGCAGAGUGGCUAAAGAAACUGAAAAGGUUUAUACCUGAAAUAAUACUUCAGGGUUUGUUGUUUUUUUUGUUUGUUUGUUUUGUUUUGUUUUGUUUUUUUUCUGAGAUGACGAUGUGAUUUGAAGCCCUUUUUAGGCUUGUAUUACAAGCAGUUUAAGGCACCCUACUGCCUAGCUCCCCUACAGCCGCGGCAGAGAGUAGGGUACAUAAAAAUGAAGUUAUCAGGAUGAAGCUUUCUUGAAAUGACAGCUGUGUUAGCAAAGUACUUGCAAUUAACAAAGUCCUUAUAAAUACUUCUCUCUUAAAUGAAAGAUCUGUGCUGUUAAAUGGACUAUACUUCACCCGGCUUAACUUUAGGUAUUUAACUUAGGCUCUUAUGGCAUUGUGUGUACGUGGAGAGAGCAGUUUGUGGUACAUAAGAUGCAGGUGCCCUGAUCUGUGUGCAGAUAUCUCCCUCUCUUCAGCCUCUCCAGAGAGUUUGGGACUCCUGCCUUCAGGGGGCAGCUCUAAAUUGAUAGAAGCCUAAAGCAGACACGAAAUGCUCCCAAAUAGAUAUUUGUUAUCAUUCAACAGUACAGCAUAAAGUCCCAUCAAAAAUCUGGACAUCCAAACUCACUAUAGCAUUCCUCACAGCAUUUUUUUUUUUUUUCCCAGGAUAGUUAAGAAUGGAUGAACAUUGCUUCUGGUUAUAAUAUAUAUAUAUAUAUAUAUAUAUGUUUAAAAUUUUUUUUUUUUUUCUUUUCUAAAUGCAUAUUGCACCUAGCAUGCUGAUGAUACUUUUUUUCUUUUUUCAUGUAUAACUGUUGUCCACUAUGGAGUAAUUCAACAAAAGUGCUAUAUGUUGUUGUUCAGUUCAAACCCAACUUUCAUUAUAUGUUGUCAUAACUGUAGACAGAACGGUAGCUUAGUUAAUUUGAUUAGAUGUUUUAAUUAUUAACAGAUAUAGGAAUUGUGAUUUAAUGGCAUAACUUUUGAAGUAAUAGUAACUUCACCUGAAAGGCAUAUUUCAAUGGACGACACUAAGUUUUAAAUUAUAUAGGAGAAAUUUGAGACGAUGGGUUUCUCAUAAUGUAUCUUUUCUGACUACACUGUACAGAUUUUCCCCAGGGUUUCUAUUUUUUCAUGGAUGCUCACUUGUCUAGUUGGGGUACUUAUGCAAAAUGUGGCAAAUUCACGCAGCUGAGCUGGCAUUCCCUGCUUGCUGAGAUGCAUUGCUAACAGGCCAGUAAGAUCCUCACAUCACUGGUGCUGCCUUGCUUCCUGCAACUGGAAUUCUGCUGAACCAGCCUGCUGGUUGAGGCUCUUGAAUAGGAAAGAUUUACUCUAUCUGUAGUGUGUUGUAUAGCCUGUGCCGUGCGGCAGGCUGUUGCUGAGGGUUGUGUGAGGGAAAUAAAUUACCAAGCUCAACCAGAAGUGAAGCAGGUGUGGUGGGAUGCUGUUUUUGUGAAAUCUGUGACAAGCCGGGUGAAAUAAGUGAAGCGGACCUCUAUAGGAUUAGCAACCAUGUGCCAACUAAGACCCACGUGAGAAUUCCACAGGUAAUAAGGCUCCUUCUCCCCACUUUUGUAAUGGGAUCUGGGAAGCUGAGCAGCUGUAUUUUUUUAAAAAAAGUUCUUAUAAUAAUAAUAAAAACUUGCUCAGAGAUGCAUGUAAAAUUUAAAUGUACUUUAUUUCUGCUACUCUAACGGCCAAACCUUCAGCUGCUUUUCGUGAGAUCUGGAUCCAAACUCCCUGGCUGUACCUGUGCGCUGUAGGACUGGUAGCUGUAACUAUUCAGUUUCACAUCCUGUCUGCUUAUUGCACCAAAACAAGUGCUGUAGAUCUGACAUUUUGUUUGCUUUUGUUAGCAUGAAACCUGGAAUUCAACCAGUUUUCAAAUGUAAAAGUUCAUAUAUUUUGGUGUUGUUUCCCUACUUCAUAAUCUUAAGUAGUAUCGUAUGCAUGGUUUUCUUUCCUUAUUAGCUAAGUGAGCUAUUUACUCGGAAGAGACGAGGCAACUAGAAUUCCUAAACGUUAAGCUUCUUUCUCCAAAGGAGAAAAGCCCAGAACAACUUAGGAUGGAUUUAGAUUUGCAAGGAAUAGCUUGUUCUCACUUUGUGCUAUUCUGUGUAAUCCACAUAGAAGGACUAUGUAAAGUGAAUUAAUGGUGGUCCAGCUUUAUGUGUGCUUUUAUCUUUUGAAUGACUGCUUAAAGCAGCUGCUUUCAAACUUUAUUAUGAAGUUUGUAAAUAUCACUAAAGUGCUUUGGAUUGAUGAUGAAAGCAUUAUUUAUACAAGAGCUGCAUGAAGGGGGUUAGAGCAGCAGCGGGGCUCUCCUGCCAGGUCCAGCCAGCUGGGAGGUCAGGAUCAGUAACAGGCGCUGCUCUGACCAUUCUCCUGUGGAGAGGAGUAAGGUAUCUGAGCAGGAACUUGGAUGUUGAAGUCCAGCUACUUCAUAAAAAUCGUCCAACUCCAGGUGCUUACCCAAAAUGUUUCCAGAUAAUAAGACAGCAGGUGUCCUGCAACAGGAGAGACAAAGGCACCUGGGAAGGCAGCACACCUUUAGGUUUGUGCUGGUGACUGCUUUGAAGUCUUUUCCCUUCCCAGCAUGGUUGCCAUGCUAGCUGAGUAGCCAUUAUCACACGGGCGUCAGGAGGACUUGCCCACACUCAUAUGCUAGACGCAAGGCAUCCACUUUCAUGAAGAGGCAACAAGCACAGAUGAAGGCCUUUCCCUUGCUGAUGGAAACAGACAGUCUGAAAUGUAUUCUAAGUAACUUCUUCAGCAUUACAUCCUUCAGUAGGAUGUCUUUCUCAGAUUCAGCUGCGCAUUACCACAUUCAGUGUAUUUAUUUACUUGAACCAGUUGCAGCAUUCUUGGGAUGCACAAAUAAUGGCUUUCAGAAGAAAUGCAAGAGCCUGCUCAGAGAUGCUCUUACUUCCUGCCCUGAAUCAGCACCUUUUGCAAAAUGUGGAAGUCUAUGCUAGUCAAAAAAUUAAAUGAUAUACGAAAACAAAUUACACUUACAAAGAGUGCCACUGAUUCUGCUUUCACUGUAAGCUUGCUGUGAUUAAAAUAACUCCCUAUUAUUCCAUCCAUCCUUUUAUUCAGCUCUGAUGCAUCAGCUGAGUGCAGCAUCUGUCACUGACACGUAAAGAAAUAAAUAAAAGGUAACUGACAAACUACAGUUCAGAAAACUAUGAGACUGAUUGGAAGGGAAGCUGUACAGGCACAGCCCAUGAACGCAUUAAUUGACAAAGGCAGCCACAGCAUGACCAUCAUUACGCUGUUGACUCAAAGGGAACAGCAGACAGUUAGGAAUCUUCAACAAAGAUUCCAUGAUUACACUGAAGACACUCAAGCAAACAAUCUAAGCCUAAACAAUCUAGAAAUUCUAACAGAUGCUUUUCGCUUCUCUUUUCAUUUGUCUCUUGGUAAGACAGGAAAUUCAAGAAACUAAAUAUUACUUUCGCAUCUGACUGAAGGAAUGCCCUAAGGUACUAAGAUUUCCCCAUGCUUUUGCUGGUAACAUCAAGGAGUUCAGUUCUAGAAAGCCGGAAAGCAGAUUAGCCAAGAGAAAUUUGGGUCUGAAAUAAGGGUUGUAAGACUGUGAAUGCUGCACAGCCAUGUUCAUAAUUCCAUUUGAGGAGCUGACUAGCGAGACUGUAUCAUCAUCAUCUAGAACCCUCUCUCAAUCAGUUUUGUGGUUUAAUUUCAAAUGAAAUGGGACAACCACAUCAUUUUACCAUCCUUUCUAAUAAAUUCCAUGUUUAAUGUGAUAAGCCUUCCAAAGAACUCGCUAAUUUAUUGCUUUCUGUAGAAUUUAAAUGGAUGUAAAUAACUAAUCUUGGACACAGUAUUCUCGCACAUUUUUUAAUAAAGUGCUCAAGAGCAAGUUAAGCACUGUAAUAAAAUUCCCCCUUUUUUAAACUA